GCCGGUGUUUCUCUAUUCCAGAUACUUCUAAGACUGGAGACUCUUUGCUGGGGGGGAGACUCCGAGUGGUAUGGCAGCCAGUUAGGCAGCGGCAAAGUAUAAUGGACAGCAAGAGACAGACGUUCCAGCCACCUUUCCGCCGCCCGGAGAUCCCGGAGCUGUUUCUCCAGCCAAUUUAUUUCCCAGCUGGAGUCUCUGAGCGCGCUGCACUGCGAGAGCCCAGGGAGCGCCUAGAAGCUAGCUGCUUCUGCGAGACGCUUUCGGCUGAGCAGUAAGAACUUCCUGCCUGAGUCCCCGCAUCCUCUCCCGGCUGAAACGCCCCAGGAAACCGCGGCUGGAGACCCCAGGGGGAGGGGCGAGGGGGAACCUGGAGCCGCUCUUUCUCCCCUCCCCCUCCCCUGCCGGCGCGCAAGCAUGGAUGUGCUCGGCCCCGGACAGGGCAAUAACACCACGUCGUCCCAGGGUCCCUUCGGGACACGCGGCAACACUACUGGCAUCUCCGACGUGACCUUCAGCUAUCAAGUAAUCACCUCUCUAGUGCUGGGCACGCUCAUCUUCUGCGCGGUGCUGGGCAAUGCGUGCGUAGUGGCGGCCAUCGCCCUGGAGCGCUCCCUGCAGAACGUGGCGAACUAUCUCAUAGGCUCGCUGGCCAUCACCGACCUCAUGGUGUCGGUGCUGGUGCUGCCCAUGGCCGCGUUGUACCAGGUGCUCAACAAGUGGACUCUGGGACAGGUCACCUGUGACCUGUUCAUCGCCCUCGACGUGCUGUGCUGCACCUCGUCCAUUCUGCACCUGUGCGCUAUCGCGCUGGAUAGAUACUGGGCCAUCACCGACCCCAUCGACUACGUGAACAAGAGGACGCCCCGGCGCGCAGCCGCGCUCAUCUCGCUCACCUGGCUCAUUGGCUUCCUCAUCUCCAUCCCGCCCAUGCUGGGCUGGCGCACCCCGGAAGACCGCUCGGACCCGGACGCGUGCACCAUCAGCAAGGACCACGGCUACACUAUUUACUCCACCUUCGGCGCGUUCUACAUCCCUCUGCUGCUCAUGCUGGUUCUCUACGGGCGCAUCUUUCGAGCCGCGCGAUUCCGCAUCCGCAAGACAGUCAAGAAGGUGGACAAGAAGGCAGCCAACCACCGCCUUGCGGCGUCGCCGGCCCCGCAGCCCAGAAAGAGCGUGAGUGGUGAGUCGGAUAGCAGAGACUGGAGGCAGGGCACGGAGAACAAGGUAACAGGGGCUCCGUGCGCCAAUGGAGCCGUGAGGCAGGGCGAAGAAGGCGCCGCCCUGGAGGUGAUUGAAGUGCACCGGGUGGGCAACUCCAAAGAGCACCUUCCGCUGCCCAGCGAAGCCGGUGCUGUCCCCUACGUCCCCGCCUCCUUCGAGAAGAAGAAUGAGCGCAACGCCGAGGCCAAGCGCAAGAUGGCCCUGGCCCGCGAGAGGAAGACGGUGAAGACUCUGGGCAUCAUCAUGGGCACCUUCAUCCUCUGCUGGUUGCCCUUCUUCAUCGUGGCCCUAGUCCUGCCCUUCUGCGAAAGCAGCUGCCACAUGCCUACUCUGUUGGGGGCCAUAAUCAACUGGCUGGGCUAUUCCAACUCUCUGCUUAACCCUGUCAUUUACGCCUACUUCAACAAGGACUUCCAAAACGCGUUUAAGAAGAUCAUCAAGUGCAAGUUCUGCCGCCGAUGAUGAUGGAGUAGCGGCGAGUAGGCCCACCCCAUUCAUUCUGCUUCCCCUAGUCCUUGGAAUCAAAACCUUUG